AUGGUCUCAUUCAGCCACUUGUUCACUCUGAUCUGUGUUCUCGUCGCCGUGUCUCGUGCCGACGAUGCAGCUAGCCUGAAGUCGGAGGGGGUAGAGGAAAAAUGGUUCUUCGGAAACAGAUACGGACUCUCGUCAUGCUUUGGCACCGGCUUUGGCCUCUGGGGCGGCUAUAAUCCUUUGUACCGCAGCUGGGCCGGGAUAUACAACCUCAACUACUUAUACGGAUACCAAGGUUUCACCUACUCCCCCCUCCUAUUUGUCAAGGCGACUGAGGGGGCUCAAAGCGUUAGCCGACGUGCCAUCGCUCUUGACGAUGCCGAACAGCUCGGCCGCCGAUCGGACACCGACGCUGCCCAAGAAUUGGCUGAGAAGAAGGUUUCGACCGCCACUCACGGCAGCUGUCAGUUAUCCCUUGUCCACGGCACAGAAAAAGUUGCCCCAGGCUCGAUCACGGUCAAGCAACUUGAAGCGGGUGUUCACAACAUGUUACAGGCGUGCAGCAAAUCAGCCGAUGAAAAGGAAGCUCCCGCCAAGGGGGCCGCCAAAAUCGACGACAAGCAAGCCUUUAUGAUCCUCUCUAGCCCGCAAUGA